AUGGAUGGGAAGAAGUCUAAAGAGAUGCUUUUUGAUCCGAAAGAGGAGCAUGACGCUUGCGGUGUGGGCUUCGUAGUUAAUACUAAAGGUGUACGCUCAAAUAAGGUAUUGAAGGAUGCCAAAGUCAUGCUUGAACGUAUGGAUCAUCGAGGAGCUUGUGCAUGUGAUGAGGAUACUGGGGAUGGGUCGGGUGUAAUGACGUCUAUACCAUACGAAAUAUAUUUGGAGUACGCGCGUGAGGCAAAUGUUGUCUUACCACCACUGGGUCGUUUCGCAACUGGGAUCAUCUUUAUACACGAUCGCACUACUACAAUUCCUGAUCUUAUGCAACAGUUUUCAAAAAUAACGGAGGAGUGUGACUUAAAACUUUUAUUCUGGCGUAUGGUGAAUGUGAACAAAAACUGUAUUGGUAUAGUAGCGCAUUCCGAGGAACCAAUUAUAGUUCAAGUAUUUGUCGUUCAAAAAUCAGAAAGUGAAGAAUCCUCCCAGGAUACUGGAUUUCGUAGUCAAGUAUUUUUGCUUCGUAAAUAUGCAAGUAAUGAAUUAUCAAAGAGCUGUUAUAUAUGCAGUCUAUGUUCUGAAAGAAUUGUUUAUAAAGGUUUAUUCACCACAAAACAACUGUGGAAUUACUACGCAGAUCUAUCCAACCCUAAAUUUCUGACUCACUUUGCAAUAGUUCAUAAUCGCUUUUCUACAAACACUUUUCCAUCAUGGUGUCGUGCUCAUCCACAACGUAUGAUGGCUCAUAAUGGAGAAAUCAACACACUACGCGGCAACGUAAAUUACUGUCGAGCGCGUCAAAGUUUAAUGUUCAGUCGUUUUUAUACAAAGGCACAAAUAUCAAAAUUAUUUCCUAUCAUUGAACAAGGUAUGUCUGAUUCAGGAUCAUUUGACAACAUGAUGGAAUUCUUGUGUCAAGCUGGUGACUACAGUCUUCCAGAAGCUGUAAUGAUGAUGAUUCCUGAAGCGUGGCAUAAUCUAGAUCCAGAAAAAGGUGAAAUAUCUAGAGAGAAAUGGAAUUAUUUCAAAUGGGCUGCCAAUAGUUUUGAACCUUGGGAUGGACCAGCUCUAAUUGUAUUUUCUGAUGGACGUUAUAUUGGUGCAAUACUUGAUCGUAAUGGUCUUCGCCCAGCUCGUUUUUAUGCAACCAGUGAUGAUAUGGUGUAUAUGUCGAGUGAAGUUGGUGUAGUCGAUAUACAACCUGAUGUGAAAAUCAUACAAAAAGGUCGCCUAAAAGCUGGACGUUUAUUGAUUGUCGAUACAGAAAGUGGACAGCUAUUAGAUGAUGAAUCACUAAAAUCCAAAAUUGCUACCAAACACCCUUAUGAUGUUUGGCUUAAGAAGGAGCUCUUGAUUUGCCUGAGAUGCAUAGGGCUUUUGCGAAUUCCCCUGAACACUAUAAGAGAAUCUCAACACUCGAGCCCUCAAUCAUUGACGAUCGUCGCCUCCCACUAUUUGGGUAUAAUCCAGAAAAUAUCAAUCUUCUAA